CUCCCCUGAGCUCCUCAUCCCAAACACCACCACCACAGCCAUCUCUUCUUCCCCAACGCCGCCACCGCCGCCGCCGCAACCCCAAUCCAAAGCCCACAAACACAACACCGUCUCCGGCGAGGUCUGAGCGAGGUAGGUUUAGUUCUGAGCGACUUCUUGCGUCCUCCUGGUAAACAAACCCCUCUCGGUCUCAUCAGUCUUCACCAGUUUGUUCUUCUUCUUGUCCCCACAGCAGAGAUCCAGAGCCUUUUAGUUCCUGAUCUCUGAUCCUUUUUUUCCCUUUUUCUGUGGAAUAGUUUGCAGUAGUUAGCAAGGAGAGGUUCUUUUUCCACACCUCUUUGUGCUUCUUUGUCCAUUAAUAGGUAGAUCUGUGUAGAGCAACCAUACUAGUCCUGCCUGUUCUUUGAUUUUAGCUAAGAACAAGGCUAUUUAUUCUUUCUUUUUUCCCCAAAGAAAAAGUAAAAAAAAAAACAACCACCACCAAGUAGAUUCUUCUUUGAUGGCCGCUGCUAUAAAUCUUCCGGCGCCCGGCGAGGAUCUGAUACGAGCGAUGGAGUCCUUCAUGGAAGAGGAUGCUCCAUCCCCUCUGGCCAUGCCGCCGGCGACCACCACCUUCCCGCCGGCGCCGUUCCCCGUGGGGGCCCACGGGCUGAGCUACCCGGCCCACCCGCCGGCGACCCACCUCAGCCCGGCCCAGAUGCAGUUCAUCCAGGCCCAGCUCCACCUGCAGCGGAACCCGGGCCUCGGCCCGCGGGCGCAGCCCAUGAAGCCGCCGGUCCCCGCGCCGCCGGCGCCGCGGCCGCAGAAGCUGUACCGCGGCGUGCGGCAGCGCCACUGGGGCAAGUGGGUCGCCGAGAUCCGGCUCCCCCGCAACCGCACCCGGCUGUGGCUGGGCACCUUCGACACCGCCGAGGAGGCCGCGCUGGCCUACGACCAGGCGGCGUACCGCCUCCGCGGCGACGCGGCGCGGCUCAACUUCCCCGACAACGCUGCGUCGAGGGCGCCGCUGGACCCCGCCGUGGACGCCAAGCUGCAGGCCAUCUGCGCCACCAUCGCCGCCGCGUCGGCGUCGGGCAAGGGCGGCAGGGCCAAGAGCAGGGCCACGCCCAUCAACGCGCCCGUCGCGGAGGCGGAGGCGGGGUCCCAGAGCAACAGCUCCUCCGACGAGGCCUCGGGGUCCGGGUCGGACGACGAGAUGUCGUCCGCCCCGGCGGCCGCGGCGGCGCCGGCGGCGCAGCAGCCGCUGGCGGAGAUGGGGCAGCUCAAGUUCGGCGAGGAGCCGUGGGACGAGGCCGAGAGCUUCGUGCUCCGCAAGUACCCGUCCUACGAGAUCGACUGGGACGCCCUGCUCGCCAACUAGCUAGCAGCUUCCGUGAUUGUUCAUCCAGUGAUUGUAAUUUAGUAGCUUGGUCAUCCGCCAUGGCCGCGGCCGGUGCAGAUGAGGUUUUUAUGCAAUCUGCACGGCGCGGCCCGCCCCUGUGUAGCAGCAAGUACAAGUAGGCUUCUGUUGUUCUUGUUCUGUUGGUCCCCGGACCUCGCCGCCGGCGUUUUUGUGACCGGCGUCCGGCUCCGGAUGUUGCUGUAAAAUGUUAGUGGGUGCACAGCAUUAGUGUACUGGUCUGUCUGUAAAAAAAAAUGGAUCUUUAGUAGGGUGUGUAAUCAACUGCUGUCCUUGAUUAUAAUGCUACCUGAUCAUGCUAUGAUGCGACUGAAGAAUGCUAGUGCUAAUCUGGUUCAUCA